UCGAGAUCGCCCUGCCGGAUGGCCUGGACCCCUGGAGCGAGGAGGCGGAGCGGCUCCUUGGCAGCUACUCCUUGCACGUGGGCCUGGCCGACGUGAAGGACUGCUUCCACAGGUUGCGACUUCCUGGGUGGCUCUCCGAGUAUUUCUGCCUUCCCGUCGUGCCAGCGUACCUGCGUGGCGCGGAGGGCCAGAUCUGGGAGGGCAGGACACUGGAGAGGCACGAUCUGGUAAGUCCGUGCUGGGCCGUCUUCCCCAUGGGCUUCACGUGGAGCUUGUGGGCUGCCCAGCGGAUCAACGAGUACCAGGCGAGCUCUAUCUGCCCGCAGCUGCGCGAGAGCCCCCUGACCGACCGCGGCAGGCCCCCCGUCUUCGGUCCCAGCGUCCCCAGAGGCCACGUCUCGCACUAUGUGUACGUCGACAACCUGAGUGUGGCCUCCACCGACGAGCCCAUCGUCACCGACGCGAUCGCGCAGCUGGUUGAGGGCUUCGACCAGCGCGGCCUCCUCCUUCACGGCAACUCCGUGGGCGCCGAGGUCGAGACGCUGGGCACCGAGGUCUCGGGGGCCCUCUGGAAGACGAGGGUGACGCAGAAGAGGUUCUGGCUCAUUCGGCAGGCCCUGAACGGCCUCCUGCGACGCCGCCGCCUCACGGGCUGGGCGGUCGAGGUCUUGGUGGGCCACUGCGCGUUUGCGGGAUUGCUGAGCAGAGGUACGUUGAGCGUAUUUCAUACAGUCUACGCUUUCAUGCGGAAGUCUUAUGCCGAGCCGCGGGCGCUAUGGCCCGAAGCCCGCCAGGAGCUCGAGGCGUUCCGAGGCCUCCUCAUCUUCCUGGAGAGUGACUGGACGCUGCAGUGGAACGACCUCGUGGUGGCGACCGACAGCAGCCUGGAUGCAGGAGCGGUCUCGACCACCCAUUGGCCCCGAUCGCUGGUGGCCGAGGCGGGCCGCGUGCAGGAACGCGCCCGCUUCCGGGAGCCCGCGGCGGUCGAGGCCGACGGGGCUGACGGGGGCGCUCCUGCUGCCCGCCGCGGUGCGCGGGAGGCGGCGCUGGAGGCGGCUGGCUUCUGGCGCGACGCCGAUGGAGAGUGGCGGCUGGCCGAGGGCGUGAACGACGACGACGACGAGCUGGCCGCCGCGCGGGAGGCAGACCCGUCCUUCCCCGAGGUGCCCGCCGCGGGCUUGGCGAGCAGCCGCUGGCGCACCAAGCAGGUGCAGCGCUGGCGGUUCGAGGAGGGCAUCCUUAUCAAGGAGGCCCGAGCGCUGGUGAUGGGCGUCCGUCGUAUCGCCCAGUCUGUGCUCGGUGCCGCCUGCCGUCAACUGAUCUUGUCGGAUAACAUGCCCACCGCGGCCCAGAGAGCGCAGGACUGGCAGGCCAGGCAGAGCUUGACCGAGCUGCCGCCAGCGCCCAGGCUGCCCGAGCACGAACGCGACCUCCAAGCCCUCCCCCAGGGCUGGUCGCGCCCGAUCGUGGCCGACAGCGACGACGGCAGCAGCACCUCCGACGAUCAGCAGGUCGUGCCAGCCGGCGAGAGGCGCGAGAAGGAGCUGCUGAGGAGGGCAAAUCGGAGGCGACGUGCGUACGGCGCGGAGGCGGCGCUGGACAGCACGGCGGUGGAGGGCCAGACGUUCCUGGAGAGGCGGUCGGUGUUCGGGCCCGCGAGGAACCGCUACACUCAAGAGCUGGAAGCCUUCCUGGAUUAUUGCGAUCGGGGCCCGCAGCGGGCCUUGACCACCGCCUCAGAGGUGGGCGAGGCGAUGGUCGACUACAUGAACCAUCUGUUCUUCGACGGCCACGAGAGCGCCAAGGGAUGGCGCAAGCUGGCGCCCGGGCAGAGCCGCCGCGCAUGGCCUUUGGCCCUCUGGCGCGGGCUCGCCUGGCGCAUGGUGGUGCGAGGCGCGCUGCAGAUGGCGGUGUUCCUGCUCACGAUGGUCUCCGGCUACUUCAGGCCCAGCCAUCUGCUGACGCUGACGAGAGGCAACAUCAUCGCGCCUGCGAUGGGAGUGUGCCGCUGGUGGUCGCUACUGCUGUUCCCAGACGACAAGCCCCAGAGAAGCAAAACAGGACUGUCGGACGUCGGGGUGAUGUUGGACAGCGGAUGGUUUCAGCGCGCCAUGCCCAUCUUCCGAGAGCUCGCACGAGGGGAUCCCGAAGAAAAGGUGCGGGCGUUCAGUUACCCUCAGUUUCUGGCAGCGUUCAAGAAGGCGCUGAGCGACCUACAGAUUCGGGAGCACAUUGUCCCGUAUCAAGCCAGACACUCGGGGCCCAGUAUAGACAACGCUCGACGAUACAGAACGAUCGAGGAGAUACAGAAGAGAGGCCAGUGGAAACAUGCCAAGUCGAUGCAACGUUACGAAAAGGCGGCGAGGUUGGGUCAAAGCUGGUCACUCCUGCCGUCCCAACUGCAAGAUACUUUGACACAGUGCGAACUACGUCUAGAGGACUGCUCGGAAAAGGCGCAGAGACAAUUAUCCAGUGAGGCGGUGCGGCCGCCAGCGUAA